AUGGCUGAAGAAAUGGAACAUCAUCAUCUUGCAGACGAAAUGUAUGUAGAUACAUAUUUGGAUAUAAAGCACCAACAACAGCAACCACGAUAUCCAUGCCCAUACGGCUGUAACAAAAUGAUUGCCGCUCGAACUAUCGACUAUCACAAAAACAAUGGAUGCGGUCGUCGUCAUAACGAGACUUUGAAUCAUCCAGAGCUCAAGAAGACAUUUUACUGCUGUGGAGCCUGUUACGCAGAAUUCAUCACUCGCCCUGACUUUUUUGAACAUCUUCGUUUGGAGCACGAAGUUGAUCCUGAAAUUCAUAAUAUGGAGUUUCCUGACCGUGCGACGUUCGAUAGGUUCAAAAAUUGGCUUGAGUGUGAAGGAGGAGCUCAUUAUCGUCACAAAUCGGGAGCAAAACGACGUGCUCGCGGAAAAGGCAUCUUCUUGGCAUGCAACCGGAGUGGAAACGUUGGCUCGGAUAAAACUAGUCUACCCGAGCGAACAGGUCCCUAUCGUCUUGGAUUCAGUUGCACUGCUUUCAUUCAUGCAACGGAGCAUGAAGCAGGACACGUCACAGCAGAAGUUUGCGGAGAUCACUAUGGACACGAUGCUCGGAUGCGUAUUCCUAACGUCAUAAAAUAUAUUAUUGCUCAGAAACAAAUGGAAGGAAUUCCCAAUAUGGACAUCAUCGGAUUUUUGCGCCAUCACUUCAUGGAUAUAGCUAACGAGAAUAUUUAUGCCGACCGUAUCAUUAUGAUCGAUCAGGAAGAGCUUAAGAGCAUCAAUGUGGGAAGUACCAGAAAAUGGAUCAAAGAUGGAAUUCCACGACAUGUGGAAAUUUGGGAGGAGGAAUUGUUGGAAAGGGUCGGAAUCGUGUGGCCACCAUCCAAUCUGGGACUUCCUCAAUACAUCGCAAACCGUAAACCAACUACUGCGGAACUGGCAAUCCAAGAAAAUUGGCCAAGACCUCGUGUUUUCACACCCAAAAACCAACGUGGUGAAGGAAUUCUUCUACCAUUCAGUAUUCCUGUCGCACAGCCUACAAAUGCGGAUGUCUACGGACAAGAAGAAGAAAUGACAGAGGAGCGAUAUAUGGAAAUGGAAAUGAGAGAAUACGAAGUGGAUGGAUACGUUCAGGAAGGACAAAUGAUCGUCGAAGAAGAGGAAGGCGGUCGAGUGGUUGUAACUGAACCAUAUCAGAGACAACAAAGUAUUAUGAACAAGGGAAAUGAACUUUUGGAAGAAGGUGAAGGAGAGGUUGAAGUUGACAACGAGGUCGUCGUGACUACAAUCGACCCGAACAAUGAACCUAUUGACGAUCAGAAGGCGGGUGUGGAAGAUCAUCAGAUUUCAUCUCCAAACAACGAAAUAGUUAUAGUCGAUGGAGACGUUGAUGAUUUGGAUGAAGAUCUUCAUCAUCAUCAUCACUCACAUCUUCAACAUCAACACCAACACCGGCUAUCUCAUGAAGAGGAUUUGGAAGAUUCCGAUCAGCAAGGGCCUUCCACUGAACACGUCGGCCCAAGAUUUAUUGAAGCAAGUAAAGCGAGCACUCUUGAACAACUGAUGGAAGAAAUCGAAUCGUUCAAAAUUACUGUUUUGAAACGAGCGGAAAACACUUCAACAGACAACUUGAAAUCACUUCUCAUUCGUUUCCAAACACUUCAUAAUUCAAUUAUGGAGAAAGAAAUUCCGGAGAAUCCAUCAACGACAAUCUUCCCAAGUCGUAACAAGUACCUCUACAGACCCGGAAAAGGUUUGGAGAAAGCAGAAGAUUUCUCGCAACGUGGAAAUAUUACCUUACAACCAAUUGAAGAUGAUAUAAGUGAUGAUGAUCAGCUCAUGGGUUCAGGAGAUACAGGAAUGAACUACAAUCGGGGAAUCUGGAGCUAA